CUGCUCGAGUAACUGGCCUGUGACAAGAAGUUAGGAGCAAUCUGAGCCGGGACUUGUGGAGAGAAUUCAUUAACAUAAACCUGUUGAACAAUCAGUCGAUUCCUCUUCCUUUUCGAUUCAUUCACGCCAGCAUUAGGUCAGAGAUUUCUCUACCAGAACUAUUCAAAACUAUUUGGAAUAAAAGUUUUGUGCUGUCCAAAUCUGACCAUUCCUCCAUGAGAAAGAAAGCUCAAAUGCACAACAGCACCAGCGCCCCACUGAGUGCGGCUUCAUCGCAGUGUGUUGACAGACACGACACGGAGCUGAUGCUCACACACACAGGACGAACGGCCCCUCAAAGCUUUGUUUAAUUCGUGAACACAAGCGCUCCUGUGUGCAGAUGGCUGAGGUUUGGAAGAUCAUACUGUUGAGCUUCAUAUAUUUCCACCCAGCUCUCCUUGAAAAAGGGGAUCAAAUUGACCCAACUAUUCCAUCUUCAAAUUCAUCAGAAAGUUCUACUGUCCCAGAUCUAGAAGAAAGUCAGCUGAACAACACCUUGGCUACAGCACAGCACAUGACAACAAGCAUUAAUAAUCAUUUACCAGAGGAGAAAUCCAACGCUUCUAUCACAGCAACCACUGAAAAUGUUGAAACAACCAUGGGAUUUAACACAUUGGGAUUGUCAACCAGUCCAGCCUCAGCAACAGGAGAGGAGAUUUCCACUGUAACUCAUACCCAGCAAAGUAGUGUCAGCGUCUUUUCAAUCAUUAAAGAGACUACCCCUACUGCUACAGUGGAGAACACCACUGAAUAUAUAACACAUAGCAUAGAGAGUGAUACCUUCAGCACUGCAAUUACUGCUCAUUCAACUGCUAACUAUGUGUCUACUGAUUCUGUGUCUUCUACCCUAACAUCUGGGAUGACAUCAUCCUCCUCUUUUGAAAAUGAAACCGUAACAAUGACAUCACCAUCAACGACAUCAUCUCAGUCUCUUGAAAAUGAUACAACAAUUGUGACAUCACACUCUCCCGAAAACGUUACCACAACUGCUUUCGACUCUCAGACCAGCCAAUCUGAGCCCACCACAAGCCCUGAAGUGACGGCAGUGUCUUCAAGUGCCUCUACAUCCUUCAGUCUGACCACCAGCAAUUCCACCGAUUCCUCCAUGGCGGGUUUGAUACCCAGGAUGAUUCCCAGAAAAACACCCAAGACCACCCAGAAACCACCCAGCCCGACCACCUCAACUAGAGCAAACCCUAGGGCCAGCACUUCAACCCACUCCAUACUCCCCUGCAACCCACAAACACCCAAAAGAGAUGGUCUGGUGAGCCAGUGCUUGAUUGCCAUUGCUGUGUUGGCUGGGGUGGCCACCAUCUUCAUGGUCUGCACUAUAGUGCUCUGCACAAAGCUCUCCAGCAACAAGCAGAGGUACAGGGUAAAGGAGGCAAAUGGCACAGAGCUUGUGUGCAUCUCUGCACUGCUCCCUGAUGGCAGUAACUCCUACAGGAGCAGACCCAAGACCCAGAAGAGCAAUGGAGCCCUCUGUCCCAACACGGACGACAGUGAAGGAGAUGACCUCACCCUACACAGUUUUCUCCCAGACCAUUCUUGAAAGGUACAGGAAAACCUUUUCUCUCCUCCCUGAGGAUUUGUUUUUCCAGCUUUUGACUUCCCAGUUGCAGAAGGAGUAUUUACCUUGACUUUGUUCUAUUAUUUUUAAAUUGCUAUUUUUCAGGCCCUGUUGUAGAGCACAAACUGCUUCUUGUGAAUGGAAUACUGGAGGCAUGAAAUUGACAGAGCUCUUUGUGAAAGAGCAGAUACAUGAUCAUAAAAGACCCUGUCUGGAAAAGAUGGACAUGCAGAAUUUACCCAGAAGCCAUAUGUUUAUUGGGAGGUAGUGUACACGCUUAAUACAAAGGAAACUCUUGUUCCAUAAUGUGUUCAGUGCUCAAACUCUGGUAUCAUUUAAUGAAAAGGUCUAAUGGUGAGCUGGUGUACUGAAAGCUGGACAGUUCACAUAUAGAGCCAUGGACGUUCAGAGAAAAGCCCUCUAAAAUUGUAUCCUUAAUUGCCAGUUGAAAGAAACAUAUUUUGAGGAGUUUAUUAGCAGUCUCUCACAUGCCUAUGGCUCUAAAACUGAAAACAUUUCAAUUUGUAAUUAAAAGUCUGCUAGGUGCUUUCUGGCCAGUGAGCCUUCAGGAGGUCUGUUGCUACGUGUGUAAAAUAGUGAUGUUCGCUUUCCAAUGAUUUAUUUCACUUUUGACAAAAAAUGUUCAACUCAGUUAAAUUCUUUCAUGUAAAAUAAAUAAAACAAAUAAAAUCACAAACAUGUUAGAAUCUC